AUAUAUAUAUACAUUCAUUUAUUAAUACCAAAGGAAACAUUUUGAUUAUUCUGUAUAUUAUAAAAAGUAUUUCUUUUAUAAUACAGUACAAGAAGUAUAUUUUUUAAAUCAAUGAUUAAAAGAUAAAAUUUUGUAAAUAAUAAAUCUUAUAAAUAAUCAUGCAUUUUUAACAAAGUGUCUUGAAUGUUAAAAUAAGAAUGAUAAAAGUUGCAAUGUUUAAGUAAUCCAAGAAGAAAAUAAUUUGAAAUUGUUAUCUUGAAUUUAUUCGAUAAUUAGAGGUGAAGAGUUGAAUAAAAAUCAUUCACGAUGGAAGUAAUCGAAUUAGUUUCAGACGAAGAAGUAUCCAAUAAUAAAAUGAAAAAUCCAAAGAUUUCUAAUACAUGUAAUUCUAAUUGUAUAAACUUUAAAUGUAAUUCAGGAAUUGAUAUGAAACCUGCACCAUCCUUUGCAUGUGCAUAUUAUGGUGUCAAUACAGAAAAGAAAACCAAACCUAAACUAAUAUGCAAACAAUGUUUUGAUAUAGCUUUGGAACAUCAGAAAAAAUUAGUAGCAGCAUUAAUGGAACAAAAAUCUUUAUUGAAAUGCGAUUUUCCAGAUCUAACGGUCGAAGUAGAAAUUUCCGACAGUGAUGAAUCCGACGACGAGAAGAAAAAAGAAACAGAUGACAAUGAUACUUAUGUACCAACGGAAGUACUUUUGGAUUUAGAAGAAAAGUUGGAUAUAACACUGCAAUCACUUUUUAAACAAUACAAUGUGGAUUAUCAAAUAGGGGAAGCAAAAAAUCUAUUGACACAACAGUGGAAAGAAAUUGAUGAAAAAAAUAAACUUAUUGAUGAUGAGAUCAAAGCCUUAACUACUCAAUUGGAUACAUUAAGAAAUAGUUUAUACGAAGACUUCAGGCCACAAAUUCGAAUGAUUCAGGAACUUCAAAUAGGUAUGGAUUAUGAAGAAAAUAUGACUUAUCCACUUGUAGCGACUAAAAAAGUCACUCAAGUACGUAAUUCGCCUUCCAAAUUGCAACAAGAGACUCAACCAGAUAUAUUACCCAUUGAAAGAGAUACUAAACAAAUAGUUACUUUGAAUUUACCUCCUACUGGUCCUCUUGUUAGACCACAACCAGAACCUGACACCAUAAUCUAUGUCAUGAAACAUCCUCUCAUGAGAUGGAUUAAAGGAAAGGUAAUAAAUGUAGUAACCAAAAAUCCAUUACUGUGUCGAGUAAGAUUAUUCCAAAAAAAGUAUAGUUCGACUAUCAAGUCGGUCUCUGGCAAACAAAUUGCUGUAGCAGUACCCAGUAAAGUUUUAAUUCCUGUCGGUACAAGAGUUGUUGCUGUCUUUCAUGAUGUAGAACAUUUUGAAAAAUAUCGAGAAAAAAACGAAUCUAGCAAUUUUUAUAGCGGUGUCAUUGCAGAACCUCCUAAAUCUACAAAUAAGUACAGAUAUUUGGUGUUUUUUGACGAUGGAUAUGUACAAUACGUUACGCACAAAGAUAUCUUGAUAGUAUCUGAAAGUUCUCCUAGAGUUUGGGAAGAUGUAGCCAGUGAGUCGCGUGAUUUUGUAAAAAAAUAUAUGGAAACGUAUCCGGAAAGACCGAUGGUAAAAUUACAAAAUGGUCAGAUAGUAAAAACCGAAUGGAAUGGUAAAUGGUGGGUCGCAAGGGUUAAACAAGUAGAUGCGAGUCUUGUGCAAAUGCAAUUUGAUGCAGAUCAAAGAACAGAAUGGAUUUAUAGAGGCUCUGCCAGAUUAGGACCUUUAUAUGUUGAACUAUUAAAAGCAAAUGCAAGGCAGCAGGGUCAUCAUACUUCUCUCAAUGCACCUAGUCGUCAUCGUAUUCCCGUUAUUUCUAAUAAAAACAAUUUACCUUACGUGGAAUAUACUUCCAAUGUAGACAUAGAUGAGGAAAUCAAAAAUAUCCUUAAUGAUAAGCCAUCGGACACUGAAUUUAAUGAAAAUCGAAGUGUCAAUGCACCAAAAUCAACAAUAGCACCAUUGCAGUCUCGUGCUGUAGCUAAAAAAAGUACUAGCAAAAAAUCAGUUGUGACAGAUGUAAUUCCUUGCAAUCCUACUUUAGAAAUGAAAUCUUCUCAUAGCAUUGUUUACUAUCAGACGCAAAAUGAAAUUCAAACGAAAAAAUUCGUUCCUCAUAAAUGUGGACCGAAAUGCAUACAAAGUAUAUCUUUCACACCAGAUGAUUUGAAAGGUUACUCACCCCUUUCGAUUCCUUUACUAUGUGGUUGGAAUAGACAAUUAUGUAAAUUUCCAAAAUGCAAAAAAGUUAUAUUGUAUCAAGCACCAUGUGGUGUAAGAUUACGAAACAUGGAAGAACUUCAUUUUUAUCUUCGUCAAACUAAUAGUCCAAUGUCUGUAGAUUUAUUUGAUUUUGAUUUUUGGGUCCAUUGUUUGGCAGAGUUUGUUUUAGAUAAAUGCUUUGUUAAUAUUAAAGAUCUUAGUUAUGGAAUAGAAAAUGUGCCAAUACCUUGUGUGAAUGAAUUAGAUCAUGCUUUACCCGAUACUAUUAGAUAUAGUACUCAAAGAGAACCUACAGAAGGAGUAAAUUUAAAUUUAGAUCCAAAUUUUCUUUGUAGUUGUGAUUGCGAAGAUGAUUGUCAGGAUAAAACAAAAUGUCAAUGUUGGCAAUUGACAAUACAGGGAGCAACUUUAGGGGGAAGAGUUCCAAAUACUGCUGUUGGUUACGUUUAUAAACGUUUACCAGAACCAGUGACAACUGGUAUUUACGAAUGUAAUUCUGGAUGUAAGUGUGCCGUAAAAACUUGUUUAAAUAGAGUUGUACAACAUCCACUUAAAUUAAAAUUACAAGUUUUCAAAACGGCACCUCGAGGUUGGGGUAUAAGAUGUCUUACUGACAUUCCGUUAGGUUCUUUUAUAUGUAUUUAUGCUGGACGUUUAUUAACUGAACAGGGUGCAAAUGAAGGUGGAAAAAACUAUGGAGAUGAAUAUCUUGCAGAGUUAGAUUAUGUUGAAGUUGUGGAAGGGAUGAAAGAAGGUUACGAAAGUGAUGUUUUUGAUCCAGAAAUACCUUUAACUCCUGUGAAAGAAAAGAAAAAAGAACAUGGUGCAAGUGACGAAGAUUAUAACGCUAAAAAUACUACAAAUGAUUCUGAUGAAGAUUUUAACAUUAGUAAAUACGUCAAUUUUUCUGUAGAUUCGGACGAAUCUUCUAUCAGAAAACGCCUUAGAAAACGUAAAAGAGGUGAAUCUAAUUUAGAUGGUUCAGAGGAAAACAGCGAAGAUGGAAGUAUUACAAAAAGUUUAGAAAAUCUUAUUCCUAAAUCAUCUUCACUUGAAAAUCGUACAAUGGAUCACGAAACGGUGACGAUAAGCGACGAAGAAGAAAAUCGAAGUAGUAGACGUGUACCAAGUAGAUUUGAUCCAUCGAUAGAACCUUUACAAUUAGAUAGACCAAAGUUUAAAUCUGUAAGAGAUUUUUAUGGAGAGGAUGAAGCUGUUUACAUCAUGGAUGCCAAAACAACAGGAAAUAUAGGCCGUUACUUAAAUCAUUCCUGUGAUCCAAACGUUUUCGUUCAAAACGUAUUUGUAGAUACGCAUGAUGUACGUUUCCCAUGGGUGGCAUUUUUUGCUUUGAAUUAUAUUCGAGCAGGCCAAGAAUUAACAUGGAAUUAUAGUUAUGACGUAGGUAGUAUACCGGGUAAAGUAAUUAUUUGUAAAUGCGGUGCAUCAAAUUGCAGAGGCCGACUACUUUAAGUAUACAAUUGCAGAGAGAAUACUAG